CAUCAGUGCUAACACGAGGCUUCUGCACAGCCCACUGAGUCGACAGGCGAUCCAGAAUCGUAAAACUGGAGAAAACAGCACAUCGUCAAAAUGCUAAUGGGGGUCCGAUGACGGUCAACAGCCCGAUUUGUAGUUUGUGGAGAAGUGCCCAUCCAUACGCAGAAUUUUGGUAUUUAUCCAACUCUUCUUCUUCUUCUUCUUCUUUCAUCUCCUUUCUCAUACUCGCUGUUGUUUUAUUCUCUGCAGAAUAAUUUGGACCGUGUACUAUCUGUCCCAGGGCGGUCUUCUCUCCGCGGUAUCCAAUACAACCCUCCAAAAUGGAUCCAGUGCUGUUUAAGAACCUCGUCAAGGUGCAGUCUGCACCAGCGCGGCGGACGUCGACAGACUCGUUUGCGCCUCUCACACCGGCCCAGACUUCGCCUGAAGCCCAGAAGCGCGAUGCUAUCGAGUUGCAGGCGGUUGCGCAGGGCUUGCCGCUCGGCACUAUCCCAGCAUCUGCCGUACCUGUGCCUGUACCUGCACAGGCAGUCGAUACGCCAGACUUGGAAAUGAGCCGUCCUGCAUCUCCAACUGACCUGGCUCGGGUGAUUCCGAGUCUGUCUAAUCCGUCCAAGAAUUGGUACAGACUGGCAUCUGCGUGUCUGUGUAACUUUACAAAUGCGCUGAGUGACGGCGCCGCCGGUGCUCUUAUCCCAUACAUGGAAGAAUACUAUAAAAUCACAUAUGGCGUCGUGGCCCUCAUCUUCGUCGGCCAAGCUGUCGGCUUCCUCGUCAGCGCCGCUCUCAUCGAUACACUCCUCAAUCGCCUAGGUCGAGCCCGGCUCCUCGCACUUAGCCAAGUUUGCUUUGUAACAGGCUUUCUCCCAGCUGUAUGUACGGCGCCGUUUCCUCUCGUGGCCAUUGGCUUCUCGCUAGUCGGCUUCGCCAUUGGUGUCAACGUUGGAAUUGCCAACAUCUUUGGUGGCAGCCUGCAAAACGGGACCUUUAUUCUCGGCCUUGUCCAUGGUUGCUAUGGCGUUGGAGGAACAACUGGCCCGCUCAUUGCGACAGCCAUGGUCACAGUGGCCCAAACGCUUUGGAGCAGAUACUAUCUGUUGACAGUAGGUAUUGGCGCCAUUACAAUUGGAUUGUCAACUUGGUCGUUUUGGGGAUAUGAAAAGGAGCCGCUACAUCAAAUGCCAGGCCCGGUGGACGGACAAGGCGGUUCCGCGAUUCACAAGAUGCUGGCAACACUGCGGUUGAAGGUAGUGUUGCUUGGUUCACUCUUUAUCUUUGCAUAUCAGGGUGCCGAGGUGUCCAUCUCGGGCUGGGUCAUCUCAUUCUUGAUUAACGCAAGAGGAGGUGAUCCUGGUUCGGUCGGUUAUGUUACUGCUGGCUUCUGGGCCGGCAUCACUAUUGGUCGCUUUGUGUUGUCGGGGCCAGCGCAAAGAAUUGGCGAAAAGAAGUUUGUGUACGGCUUGACCAUUGGAGCGGCCGCUUUUCAGCUCCUGGUCUGGUUUGUGCCCAAUAUCGUUGGUGAAGCUGUGGCCGUGUCCAUCGUUGGAUUACUACUCGGACCGGUCUAUCCUUGUGCUGCAGCUGUCUUCAUGAAAAGGAUGAGUAGGCGAGAGGCACUUCGCGGAAUGGGCACUAUCAGCGCCUUUGGAAGCAUGGGUGGUGCUGUCGCCCCUUUCAUCACAGGUUUGUUGGCGCAAGUCGCCGGAACCUUUGUCCUGCAUCCCAUUGCCAUCUUUCUCUUUUGUGUUAUGCUUGUCUGCUGGUACUGUAUUCCUGACGAAGAGAGAAAGGACGAAUAAAGUGAAGGAGAUGUUGAAUUUGGUAGUUAACCAUGCCGUCUAUGGCGUCUAAUUCUAUAUACAGUUACUAUGAAAUUCAAAAAGAAAAUGUGCCCUUUUAAGUCUCUAAAUAUAUGUUUGGUUGGUCCAUAGUCUCAUAAGUCAUCUAAAUGCGGCCCUUAGCGGCGGCCUCGACAGUCGUCUUGCCAGCAGCGAUAUCCUUGCAAGUUUGGGUGAUGCUAGUCCAGUCGCGGAAUGUGACAAAUGGAAUCUUUUCCGUCUCGCAGUAGUCAACUAGGUCCUUUCCGGCCUUGGCAAAUAGUAGGUCGGUUUCUCUGGCAGCAGAGAGAUCUGAUACUCCGUCGCCAGCAUAGAACAUAGUAGGACGGUUGGGAAGCGACGAGUAUUUGCGAAUUUCGAUAGACUUGUCGUGUCCGUGGAUACUGUCGUCGUGGAAAGUGAUUCUCCAGCCGCCCUUUUCGUUAAUGCUCUUGCCAUCACGGGCAGCGACGUCGUUGCUGACAAUCUGAAUGUUCCAUCCAGGGCCGAGCAGGACAUCGAGCAAGGCGCGGAUAAUGGGCUGCAUGCCACCGCUAAGGAUGACGAUGGGGACGUUGUUGGCCUGGGCCCAAUCGUAGAACUCCUUAAAGCCGGGGUCUAGGUUGACGCUUUCACGCAGAACCUGGAUGCACUGGUCGUAUGGCAUGUCAAUGCUGUCCAUCAUCUCCUCAAAGGACUCGCGGAAGUUAACUUUGCCCGUCAAGACAUCGUGGUUGCCGGCAGCGCGCUUCUCACGUCCAAAGCCGUAGUUGUCAGUCAUGUAGUCGUUGGAGUCGGCCGUGGUGAUGGUGCCGUCAAAGUCGGUAAAGAAGAUGAACUUUGGGUCGGUGGCCAUGGCCGGUGUUUCGGAAGCAGUUACAGAACCCAUGAUGAGAAGCAAUGUGUUAUGCGGCUAUGUGGCGGCGAGUAUCGAAUCGAAGAUUUGAUUCAAUAUUUUGUUGAUGGAGGGGUAUGGAGG